AUGGCCUCUGAUUCCAGGUCUAGCACUGAAGAGAAGCCUGGACGCAAAAUCAAUACAAAGGAGUCAGCGCCAUCAGAUGGUCAUGGCGGCGCCAUCUUGCGCGACAGUGCUUUCGGCAUGAUUGCGCGCAACAUUGGUCUUCGCAAGCUGUUCCCAUACAACGACGAGCGUCCUGAGAAGCAUGAGUACUACAAGCAUGCGUAUGCCCAAGACCGGCAUGAGAAGAUGAAGCAUGACGUCAUCGAACGCAAUCAGGAGGAAGAACAGUCAUGGCGUCGAGAGAACCCACAAGAUGCAGCUACUGAAGACCGUCGCGUUGCUCAGGGGCUACGUACAAGGAGCUCGUCUGCGGAAGAUGCAGCAACACUGGCCGACGAGGCGCCAUUGGCUCAGGAUCGCAUCAAGCCAGGAGCAGAGCUGACAGAUGCCGACGACACUUCAUCCCAUGGUCCGCUUGAACACCGCCCGGCUCAUCACGACACAGAGCGAGGCAAGGAUGUCAAUCUCGUUACAUUCGAGGAAAAUGACCCAGAAAAUCCGCUCAACUGGUCGACUGGCAAAAAGAGUUUUGUUACUGCCAUGCUGUGUCUUCUCACGAUCUCCAUCUAUAUGGGAUCAGCCAUCUACUCGCCCGGUGUCAAGUCGGUCAUGUCUGACUUCACCGUCAACUCUGCUGUUGGUGUGUUGCCUCUCAGUUCGUUCGUUCUUGGUUAUGGUCUGGGACCUGUACUUUGGGCCCCUAUGAGUGAAGUUCCUGUCAUUGGUCGUAAUCCAGUCUACAUUGGCACGCUCAUUGUGUUUGUUGCGCUGCAAGUACCCACUGCGCUUGCACCCAACAUCGGCUCGCUCAUCGUCACACGAUUCCUCGGUGGCUUCUUUGGAAGUCCCGUCCUUGCCACAGGUGGUGCCAGUAUUGGUGACAUGUUUAUGCCAAAGUACCGCGCGACACCUAUCGCCAUUUUUGGUGCUGCAGCUGUGUGUGGCCCAUCUCUUGGUCCAAUGAUUGGCGGUUUCAUCGUGGAUUGGGGAACCUCGUGGCGUUGGACAAUUUGGGAACUGCUUUGGCUCUCUGGAUUUGGUCUUGCUGUCCUCUUCUUCUUCCUGCCCGAGACUUCCGGUGAUUGUAUCCUGCUUUGGAAGGCAAAGCGCUUGAGAAAGCUGACUGGCAACAACAAUUUGCAAUCUGAGGGAGAAAUCAAGCAAAAGCAAAUGACCUUUAGCCAAGUGGCUAGUAUGUCGCUUCUCCAACCCAUCACAUUGACCGUCAGGGAUCCCAUGGUCUUCUUGCUCGGUCUGUACAUCUCCAUCGUGUAUGGAAUUUUGUACAUCUUUUUGGAAUCGUUCCCGAUUGUCUACGGCGAGAUGUACGGCUUCAACAAUGGAGAGGUCGGCUUGACCUUCCUUGGAUUGUUUGUGGGUGCAGUCCUCGCUAUCAUCGGGUACGAGAUAUACGUCGUCAAGAAGCUCCACAAGGAGUUCGACAACUCGCCAGAUGGUACAAUCGAGCCCGAACGGCGUCUCGUUGUUGCCAUGGUAGGCUGUUUCGGUCCUCCCAUCUGUCUCUUCUGGUUUGCUUGGACGGCCAAUCCGCGUUUCCACUGGGCCAUCUCUGUGGCAUCGACCGUGUUUUACGGCGCAGGUACAAUCCUCCUCUUCCAGGCGAUUCUCAACUUCAUCAAUGACUAUGGUGGCAAGCGUGCCGCAUCCCUGUUGGCAGGAAACGAUAUGAUGCGAAGUUCGUUUGCGUGUGGUUUCCCAGUAUUUGCGGGUGCCAUGAUGCGUAACUUGGGUAUCGGCAGAGCCAACACGGUUCUCGGAGGACUUUCUGUGGCGAUGAUCCCUUUGCCCUUUUUGUUCUUCAAGUUUGGCAAGCGUCUUAGACGACAGUAG